GAUUUGUCAAAUAUUUCUGAUAACCGAAUGGCAGGCCAAAGCAAAAGCCGAAAUUAAAAGGAAUUAUUGCUUGUUUCAAUUAACCCGGGUAUUUAGCUAGCAAAAUGUCGAAUAAGACCAAGAAGCCCGCCGGUGGCAACGGAGGCGCAGCGAAACAAACCCUGCAGCAGUCGCAUGACUCGCAGGACUACAGCUCCUUCAAGAUAGUGCUCUUCUACUGCAUGCUCAUCGUCUUCCUGCCCGUGCUGACCUUCUUCGUCCUGAAAGGCUUCGUUUUGGAUCAAUUCCUCGACAUCUCCGAAGUAAAAGUCAACAUAGCCUCUGCCGUGGGAGCGGUCGUGGCACUGCACCUCGCUCUGGGACUGUAUAUCUACAGGGCCUACUUCGGAGCACCCGGUUCCAAGGGCUCCAAGUCGGACUAAUCGUCACCCACCCGGACUGCUUCCCCAUUUCCAUUAACUAUAGGUCGGAAAAUCACUCUUGUACAUACAUACCAUAGAUACAAUUGUUUACAUGCCAGCGAGGGAGGAGAAAGUCGCCUGUAAACCGUGUGUAAUCGUUUUCCAUUGCAUAAGUUUCGAUAACAGCGGGGAAAACGUGUUGUCUAGUGUUCUGUGUGCAUCAUUUAUAUUAAAAAAGACAUAAAUAAGUGAAA